AUGACAGACGUAUCGAGUAGUAAUAUGCCAUCAUCAGCAACUCCUAAUGAUUAUAUCUUAAGUUUAUCUCAAGAACAAAUUGAUCAUGAUCAAAAGAUUGGUAUUAAAGCCAUUCGAUUAUUUUUACAAUCAAAGACUUCAUAUGAUGUAUUACCAGUCAGUUAUAGAUUAAUAGUAUUGGAUACUUCAUUAUUAGUUAAGAAAUCUUUAAAUAUCUUAUUACAAAAUAAUAUUGUUUCUGCUCCAUUAUGGAAUAAUCAAACAUCAAGAUUUGCUGGUUUAUUAACUUCAUCAGAUUUUAUAAAUGUAAUUCAAUAUUAUUUCCAAUUCCCCGAGAAAUUCGAAUUAGUUGAUCAAAUGACCUUAGAUGGGUUAAGAGAUAUUGAAAGGGCCAUUGGAGUAGAUCAAAUUGAAACUGUUUCAAUUCAUCCUUUUAAAUCUUUAUAUGAAGCUUGUGUUAAGAUGUUAGAAUCAAGAGCAAGAAGAAUUCCAUUAAUUGAUGAAGAUGAAAAGACUCAUCGUGAAAUUGUUGUUUCUGUUUUAACUCAAUAUAGAAUCUUAAAAUUUGUGGCAUUAAAUUGUAAAGAAACAAAAAUGUUAUUAAAACCAAUUAAAUAUCUAAAGGGGUUAGGUACAAUUAAAGAUAUAUCAACUUGUACAUUGCAUACUCCAGUUAUAGAAGUUAUUCAUUUAUUAGCUCAUAAAUCAGUGUCUUCAGUUCCAAUAGUUGAUGAUCAAGGUAAAUUAAUUAANACUUGUACAUUGCAUACUCCAGUUAUAGAAGUUAUUCAUUUAUUAGCUCAUAAAUCAGUGUCUUCAGUUCCAAUAGUUGAUGAUCAAGGUAAAUUAAUUAACGUAUAUGAAGCAGUUGAUAUAUUAGCAUUAGUUAAAGGUGGAGUUUAUAAUGAUUUAGAUUUAUCAGUUGGUAAUGCCUUGCUCAGAAGACCAGAAGAUUUUGAAGGGGUUCAUACAUGUACUAUGAAUGAUAGAUUAAGUACAAUAAUGGAUACUAUUAGAAAAUCAAGAUUACAUCGUUUAUUUGUAGUCGAUGAUGAAGGAAAAUUAAUAUCUGUUAUUACUCUUAGUGAUAUCUUAAAUUAUAUCUUAUUUGGUGAGGAUUAA